AUGCCCAAACCGUCUCUGAACGUUCUUCUCAGUAUUGAGACAUCGUGGGUGUUGAUGUGGGUGAUAUGUGAGGAUGGGGACGGGGAUGGGGACGGUGAUGGGGACUGGGACGGGGAUGGGGAUGGGGACGGGGAUGGGGACGGGGACGGUGAUGGGGAUGAGUACAGGGACAGGGACCGGUACAGGGACAGGAACCGGUACAGGGACAGGAACCGGUACAGGGACAGGUACCGGUACAGGGACACGUACCGGUACAGGGACACGUACCGGUACAGGGACACGUACCGGUACAUGGACAGGUACCGGUACAGGGACACGUACCGGUACAGGGACACGUACCGGUACAGGGACACGUACCGGUACAGGGACAGGUACCGGUACAGGGACACGUACCGGUACAGGGACACGUACCGGUACAGGGACACGUACCGGUACAGGGACACGUACCGGUACCGGGAGAGGUACCGGUACCGGGAGAGGUACCGGUACAGGGACAGGGACCGGUACAGGGACACGUACCGGUACCGGGACAGGUACCGGUACAGGUACCGGUACAAGGACAGGUACCGGUACAGGGACAGGUACCGGUACAGGCACCGGUACAGGGACAGGAGCGUGGAGCUGUGUAUGAGAAUCUGGGAAUAA